GUUUAUUUUGAUCUUGAGCAUUUCUUUGUUAGAGAAGGACCGAGAAGCCAUUACUGGAGUCUUCUGGACAUCAAGGCGACAACUGGUUAACAUUUUAUGAUGUUGAAAGUUCUACUUUUGCUUAUAUUAGUAGCAUUGACCCUACAAGAAGUCAAUGGGCGUCGAUAUAACCGGCACAGACGUCAUCAUAACCGGAAGAAAGAAGUAUCUUCCUGGCGCCAUUCUAAUCGGUACAGAGAUAGCAAAACAACCCGAUAUGGCAGCUUUAGACAAGGGAGAUAUGUCACGCGUAGAACAACCCAAUACGGCAGCUAUAGACAAGGCAGAUAUACUACGCCUAGAACAACUGAAUAUGGCAGCUAUAGAGAAGGGAGGCAGCCCACGCCUGUACGAGAAACCAUAACGCCGGUUGUUCGUGGACAAAGUAUUCGUUUACCGCUCAAUCUAUAUCCAUUUCUAUAUGAUCUAGAACUUCAACCUUUUAUGUAUGAAACAAAUGCAUCAGACUUCUAUUUUAUUGGGAAAGUUAGGAUUGAUAUGGAAUGCAGACGGUCAACAAAUGAAAUAGUUUUACAUAGCGACAAACUUAUCAUUACAUCUGUUAAAAUACAACCAAUGUCACCUGGACAGAGUAAAAUUAUUCCUACAAUAGAGUUUGAUACGGUCAAGCAGUUCCUGAUUUUGAAAACAACUACACAAUUAGUGAGCGGGUCGAAGUAUUCUGUUUUUAUUGAGUUCCGUGGACCUAUUAUAUCUGAAUUGGGCGGACUUUUUCAAACCGCAUAUCAACGUGGAAAUGAUACAAUUUAUGUUGUCCAGACACAAAUGGCGCCACCAUAUGCAAGAAAAGUAUUCCCAUGUUUCGACGAGCCUGCAGUUAAAGCAAAGUUCAGGGUGACUCUUAUCAGGAAAAAACACUUACUUUCGUUAUCAAACUCGAUAAAAACACAAUCCAUAGACUUAACAAACGACUGGGUGGCUGAUCAUUACGCCGACACUCCGUUGAUGUCAACCUACUUAUUAGCCUUUGUUGUUUGUGAUUUCAAAUCUAGAGACGUCAUAACCUCAAAGAAUGUAUUAUUCAGAAUUUGGGCGCGUCCAGCAGCAUAUGACCAAACAGAAUACGUUUCAGACCUUGGAAGCAAAGUUCUGACUUUCUAUGAAGAAUUUUUUGAUUACCCAUUCAUGCUUCCAAAACAAGAUAUAAUUGGUGUCCCAGAUUUUCUUGGUUCAAUGGAGAAUUGGGGACUGCUAAUCCAGAGAGAAGAAGCUAUGUCAUACAUACCUCAGAAAACAGCAGAGUUCUUUAAAGAGUUUGUUACUAUGGUUUUAUCGCAUGAGUUGUCACACGCGUGGUUUGGGAACUUAGUCACACCCUCAUGGUGGGAUGACUUAUGGCUGAAUGAAGGUUUUGCCUCCUACAUCGCAUAUUUUGCAAUGAAUUCCGUAGUUCCAAGUUGGUUGCCGCUCUAUGAUUAUGUGAUAACAGAUGUUCACAGUGCUUUAGCAUCUGAUGGUCUAAUUUCCUCACAUCCUUUACAUGUCCCUGUUACUAGUCUAGCUGAAAUAGAUGCAACACUUGACAUCAUUUCCUUCAAUAAGGGUGGAUCUAUUUUUAGAAUGUUGCAAUUCAUUGUGGGAGACGCAACAUUCAAGAAAGGUAUACAGAGAUUGAUUAAAGAGAAAGAAUACGGUGUAAUGGUUCAUGACGAUUUCUGGGAGGCUUUAAGGAAACAAAGUAUAAUGGAUGGACAUAGUUAUAACAGGUAUAACAGGUAUAAGAAUAAAAAGCCACUUGAUGUUAAAGGGAUAAUGGACACUUGGACGUUGCAAAUGAACUAUCCAACAGUUUUUAUGGAAAGAAAAGGGUAUGGCAUGAAACUGAGUCAAUCCAGGUAUCUUUUGGAUAAAACUGCUACUGAUCCUGGAACCUAUACCUCACCAUUCGGGUAUAAAUGGGAAAUACCUUUUACAUUUACAACCCAACAAGUUAAAGAUUUUGACCAGAAUAAGGAUGACAUAAUCUGGAUGAGAAAAGAUGGUGCAGACGUUUUCUUACCAAGAGUUAAAUGUGGAAAUGGCUGGUAUAUAGGAAAUAUAGGACAAUAUGGAUUCUAUAGAGUAAAUUACCCAGAAGACAAUUGGGUCAAAUUAAUAGAUCAACUGAAGACGGAUCAUACGGUUAUACAUACUGUAAAUAGAGCUCAGAUAAUUAAUGAUGCAUGGAGUCUGACAAAUCUGGCAAUUUUAGUACAUGUAAAUAGAGCUCAGAUAAUUAAUGAUGCAUGGAGUCUGACAAAAUCGGGUGACCUUAGUAUGAAAAUAGCUCUUCAAACUCUUGAAUACUUAUCAAUGGAAGAUAGUUAUUUCCCUUUUGUUGCUGCCGGUAGUGAAAUUGCAUACGUAAGGGACAUGCUAGAAAGCACGGACAUAUAUGCUGACAUAUCGGCAUUCCUGAGUAAAAUAUAUUCCCCUCCAUUGUUAAAGCUUGGUUACAGUAAUAUUGGUUCUGGACAUUUAGAUAAGCUACUCAGAACAACAGUUUUAAGGGAGGCAUGUAGAUAUGGAGAUCAAAAUUGUAUUAACUUCGCCAUCAACUCGUUCCAAAAUCUGAUGACCAGCACCGGUAACACAAAUUCUAUUGAUGUUGAGUUGAGAACAAUCGUGUACAAUACAGCAAUACAAUAUGGAGGUCAGGCGGAGUGGGAUUUUGCUUAUAAAGGAUACACAACAUCUAAUACUGGUUCAGAAAGGCUGAUCUUUAUAUAUGCCUGUACUUAUACUAAAAAUGUCGCGAUUCUAAACAGGUUUCUGCAACUUAUCUUAACGGACGCUGUUCGUAAGCAGGAUGGUGAAAAUAUCCUGCGUGUUAUUUCACGGAAUCCGGUUGGAAACCCUCUAGUGUGGAAUCUUUUAACAACAAAUUGGGAUGUUAUGAUAUCACGCUUUGUAACACUUAACUACCUGAUAGGUGAUGUUACAGCCAAGUUUAAUACUGCAGCUGAUUUACAGUCGAUUCAAGAUUUUAAGAAUAGUCAGCCAAAUUUAGGCGCGUCAACAGCAGCAUUCGAUAGAGCAAUUGAGACAACACGAGCUAAUAUCAAGUGGAUGAGUAGUAACUUCCAGAUUAUAAAAGAUUGGUUGCAGACUCUACCUUAGUUGGAUAUAAACAGCGCAGUUGUCUUUUUAAAAUGAUUCCUCUGUUAAU